AUGGGCAAGACGAAGCGACACCAGCCUGUGCACAAGGCCACUGGCUCUGCACGCCGGGCGACGACCCGCUCCUCGAAAUCGCGCCUCGCGUCCGAUCCUGCGCAGAACACCGCAGACCUUAGCGCCCAGUUGCGCCAGCUCGGCCUCUACGCCGCCGACACCGUCGGCGAUGGCAAUUGCCUCUUUCGGGCUCUCAGCGAUCAGAUAUAUGGCACCGAAGCCCACCACGGCGCGCUGAGGCAGGCCGUGUGCGACUGGAUCGACCGGCAUCGGGCCCGGUACGAGCCCUUCGUCGAGGACGAGCGCGGGAUCGAGACCCAUCUCCGCUGCAUGCGCCAACUCGCUACCUACGGUGGCCACCUCGAACUCUCCGCCUUUGCGCACAUGGCCCGUCGCGACGUCAAGGUCGUCCAGCCCGGACUGGUCUACGUUAUCGAAUGGGCGGCGGGUUGGGACGCCGGACCUCCCUCCUCGCCCUCUUCAGCCCUACCUGACCUCCCGGCUGUUGCCGGCCCCAGCUCACGCAAGGCUGAGCGUAAAGCCCGCAAAGCGGCUGGUCUACCUCCUGAACCAACCGCACAGGAGAUGGAAGAGGACGAGGACAGCGACGACGAUGAGGAGGAAAAGGCUGGGCCUGUAUACGUCGCAUAUCAUGAUUGGGAACAUUUCUCGUCUAUCCGUAAUCUUCGAGGUCCUCAUGCCGGCCUUCCUCGCGUCCGCGAACGACCCUAUGCGCCAACAUCCCCAGUACAGACUUCAUCUCCGCUCGUCACACCUACCAAGGAGAAAAAACGAUCUGCCAAGCCCGCGUCGACGAUCAAGGCGAAACCAGCGUCUGCGAGGAAACCUGUAUCUACGGCAUCUGCCAUGGCGGUAGAUGCACCUGCGCCGAGCACACCCGCCCGUGUUCCUUUGCCAGCGUCGCGUAGCCCCUCGCCGCCACCACCCAUGGGCAGUCUACCCUUACUGCCCUCUUCGUCCUCACCCGCACCUCAUCCUCCCACAUCGACUUCUUCAACACCAGCACCGUACCCGCCAUACCCGCUCGCAUAUCCUCUACCCGCACAUUUGGACAACUUCCCCGGCGAACGCCGCAGUCCUAAACGUGCUUUCGACGAAAGCACAAGCGCAUCAUCGGCUUCAUCUCAAGCGUCAUCCGCGAAACGCGCGAGGACCGAUUCGGCCGUCGAUCUGAACGUUCAGCCCGACGUGAAGACGGAAGACGACGACCGCGAGAUGACGCCCGCCUUGUCGGAUAUCUCUACCCUCUCCUCGUCGCCCUCACCUUCGCCUCCUCCCGAACCCGUGCAGCCUGUUGAACCGGUACAGAAGAUGACGCGACGGCAACGGAAAGCGCUGGGGUUGCCGAAGGCGAGGAAAGUUGGGGAGAGGGCCGUCAAUGCUGGUGCGGAGAGGAGGAGUGCGGGAAAGAUCGUUAUUCCUGGAGGUCGGUUUAGGAGGCCGGGGACGGCGGAGGGGAAGGAGGACGGUGAUGCGGUACGUGAGUGGGUACGCAGCGGGGCGGGCAGAGUCGAUGUGCGGGGCUUCAGAGAACUCAAGAUCUAG